CUGACGUCUUCCCGCGUCACUGAAUCGGAAGUUCUGGGCAUCGGUGGCAUAGAAAUGGGUACUGGUGGGCGGGGUGGGCUGCGGCCGGGGAAGGGGAGCCCCGAGGGGGUGACAACGGGCAAGGGGAACCCCGAAGAGAUGUCAGCCACUCCUCCUGCCGCCGCCGCCUCGGCCUCCUGCCAGUACAGGUGCAUCGAGUGCAACCAGGAGGCCAAGGAGCUGUACCGAGACUAUAACCACGGGGUGCUGAAGAUAACCAUCUGCAAAUCCUGCCAGAAACCUGUAGACAAAUAUAUCGAGUAUGAUCCUGUUAUCAUUUUGAUUAAUGCUAUUUUGUGCAAAGCCCAGGCCUACAGGCAUAUUCUUUUCAAUACUAAAAUCAACAUGCACGGGAAACUCUGCAUAUUUUGCUUGCUUUGUGAAGCGUACCUGCGGUGGUGGCAGCUGCAAGAUUCCAGCCAGAACACCGAUCCCGACGACUUUAUCAGAUACGCCAAGGAGUGGGACUUCUACAGAAUGUUUGCCAUUGCUUCUCUGGAACAAGCUGCCUUUUUUAUUGGCAUCUUUACCUUCCUAUGGAUAGAAGGAAGCAUCGCGCCGAAAAAGAACCCCAACUUCGUCUUGCUGCUGAAGGCGUUGCUGUUAUCCAGCUACGGGAAGCUCUUGCUGAUCCCGGCGGUCAUCUGGGAACAUGAGUACACACCGCUGUGCCUGCGGCUCAUCAAACUGUUCGUCCUCACAUCACAUUUCCAGGCAAUCAGAGUGACGCUCAACACCCGCCGCAAGCUGUCCUUCUUGGCCAUCGUGUGCGGGCUGCUGGCGGAGAGCGCCAUGGUCCACUUCUUCCGGAGGAUGGAGUGGGACAUCGGAAGCGACUGCGUCGGCUACAAGUCGCAGGACUUCUGAGGAGGUACAGCACUCACACAGGCGUCCCUCGCCAGGCAGACAGAUGUCACCGUGACUAAGGAGGCCCUUACGGGACCCCCCCCCGCAACACACACAUCUGAUCGCCUCCGGACCUGAGGGUGGGCCUCACAGGGCCCUUCACUGCUGUCAUCCUCAGUGACAUUCACAUCUGAGCCCUGUCCUCACAAUUUCCCUGACUCCGCGGUCCCAUUCACUCCCGCAAGGACCUCAGACUCAGAAGUCAGUUGGUCCCAGCGACACCUUCCCCCACCCUUUCCAACCAUCUGCUCCCUCCCUCCCACCCCCCGGGCCCA